UUGGCGCAGCCGGAGGCCAGAGCAGGAGUAACUGGACUCCAGGCGGCCGGUCGCAGUCCCGGAGCCCGAGGGGCUGGCGUCUGCGCCGGGCCCAAAGUCUAGGGAGAGAUCCUGACCGGGACGCGCGCACCAUGCCCUACCUGCUCAUCAGCACCCAGAUCCGCAUGGAGGUGGGCCCCACCAUGGUGGGCGAUGAGCACUCCGAUCCAGAACUGAUGCGGCAUCUGGGGGCCUCCAAAAGAAGCGUCCUGGGAAACAACUUUUGUGAGUACUACGUCAAUGACCCUCCUCGAAUAGUCCUUGACAAGCUGGAGCGCAGGGGCUUCCGUGUGCUGAGCAUGACAGGGGUGGGCCAGACGUUGGUGUGGUGCCUGCACAAGGAGUGACCCUCCCAUGCUGAGGAGCUGCAGUCACCCCUUCUCUGGAAUGGCUGCCAUGGGCCCCAACCCCAGGACCCUGCCUCACUCACCGCCCCACCCAUUCUUCCCAAGUCAUCAUUUUCCUCGGCCCCAUACCACUGGGCAAUGAACGGCCUUCUCUGAAACCUGCCUCAGCCAGUGGGGAGGCAGGGCCCCUGGCCCUGGUGCCCCCCGGUGCCCCUCCAGCUUCAGGCCUGGUGCGGGCCCUCGAGGAGGCCGUGUUCUGUGGCAGGCUGAGGAGCUGGCAAGAGCCAGGCUGCCCCUGGCAGGGAUCAUGGCUCCAGGACUGGGCGCGUGGGUCCUACGUAGCUAGACCAAGCCAGCAAAGGGCUGUGAUGAGCGGUUGCU